CACUUGUCGUGCACUGUGCACACCCGUACACCUCCGAUCGCACCGCGAUGAUCGGGUAUUACCUUGCCUACGUGCUCUCACUCGUCAUUGGAAUCAUGUUCCCUGCUUAUCACUCGUUCAAGGCGCUGGAGGCGCAGUCUCUUGACGGAUGCGAGCAGUGGCUGACGUACUGGGUCUGCUUUGCGGCGUUCUCGCUCAUGCCGUCGUUCCUCAUCUCGUGGGUCCCGCUCUACUACGAGGGCGAGGUUCUCUUCCUCCUCUGGCUCCAGCUGCCGCAGACACAGGGCGCUCACUGGCUCUUCCAUCGGUACAUCCGCCCGCACCUCAAGCACAACGAGGAGCACAUCGACCGCCACCUCGCCGAGCUCUCGACCAAGGGCAUCGAGAAGGUCCGCUCGCUCUCGGCGUCGUACAUCCCCACCAUGUCGAGCAUCAUCAUCAACGGCGUCACCUACGCCCAAAAGGUGGCCACGUCGUCGCUGGCGGCUGACGCCCGCGCCCAGGCCGCCGCCGCUGCUGCAGCCGCCGCGCCCGCUGAGGAUGCUCCCGCCGCCGAUGAGGACGACGGCGACGACGCUGGUGUCGCGCUUCCGCCCCCGGCUUCUCCUACUCCCCUCACCCCGCCGCCGGCCUCAGCGUCCGUUGCUGCCGUGACGGAUGAAAACGCCGCCACCGAUGCGGCCGACGAGAUCGUCAUCAACGGCAUGGUCUACACCCGCACGGCCUCGCUUCCGGCCAAGACCUCCGUCUCGCCCGAGGCCCGCCAUGGUGCUGCCAAGCCGCGCACCAUCUCCUCCAUGUUCCGUCGCCACCCUACCCUGCCGCGGGCAUGACUCCACCGUGUGGAAUCUUCGAUUGGCAUCUGCACCUUGCAGCUCGCGCAAGUCGACAGCGUCAAAACCAAAGGCAUAAAUCGGUAUCCUCCUCG